AUGACCACGGCGACGGAAAUGGUCGGCGGGCAGAGCGAUGAUGUUCAUCAGCCGCCCGCGCAUAUCCCGCCGGCUCCGAUGGGCGACUACGUCUUCCCCGAACUACGCCUGAAGCGCAAGAUGAACGACCCGGAGAAGACUCCGCUCCUGCUGGUGGCCUGUGGCUCUUUCUCGCCCAUCACAUAUCUCCACCUGCGCAUGUUUGAAAUGGCCGCCGACUACGUCAAGUUCAGCACCGAUUAUGAACUCAUCGGUGGCUAUCUGUCGCCGGUAUCAGAUGCCUAUCGCAAGGCUGGUCUGGCGAGUGCUGAGCACCGGGUUGCAAUGUGUCAAUUGGCUGUCGACCAAACCUCGGACUGGUUGAUGGUCGACACCUGGGAACCGAAUCAGAAGGAGUACCAACCGACCGCCGUGGUCCUGGACCAUUUUGAUCACGAGAUCAAUACCGUUCGGGGAGGCGUGGAGACUGCCGACGGAAGUUGGAAGCCCGUGAGGAUCGCGUUGCUGGCGGGCGCCGAUCUCAUUCACACCAUGUCCACUCCCGGCGUGUGGAGUCAAAAGGAUCUGGAUCACAUCCUGGGCAAAUACGGCUCCUUCAUCGUGGAACGAAGCGGAACCGAUAUCGAUGAAGCCCUGGCGAGUUUGCAGCCGUGGAAGGAGAACAUUCAUGUGAUUCAGCAAUUGAUUCAGAACGACGUGAGCAGCACCAAGAUUCGCCUCUUCCUGCGCCGCGAGAUGAGUGUUCGCUACCUGAUUCCGGUGCCCGUCAUCCACUAUAUCGAACAGCAUCAUCUCUACGAAGAUGAUGGCACGUCGAAUGAAAAGGGCAAGGAGCGGCAGGACGCUGGUAAGUCAGGGUGA